AUGGCCUGGCUCGGGCUAUGUGGCGGCGGCACAUUAACCGCCUUCAACUACAUCUCGCCUGGCUGCAGCUUUUACGAGGCACACUUCCUCGGCGGCUGCGCGCGUGUGCCACCGCGGCCCGAGUGCGCCGCCCCGGCAGCGGCGCAUCGCACAACGCACCGUUUGGGUGUUAUCGUGCCUUACCGCGGCGGCGGCCUGGCAACUCACGCGACACUGAGCCACUUCUGCGAGCGGUCGAGCGCGCGGGGCGGCAUCUGUCACGCUGGCAGUGGCGGUGGUUCCGUCGGAGCCGGUGCUGCCGCGCGGGUCCUGCUGGUAAACCAGACUGGCAGUGCACCCUUCAACCGCGGCGCACUUGCCAACAUUGGCUUUGAGCUGCUGAGCCGAGGGGAGAGGCUGGACUAUCUGGCGGUGCACGACGUCGAUCGCGUGCCUGCGGUGGAUAACGCGAGCUGCGCUGGCGCCAUCUCCGGCUACUACUUGUUUCCGGGUGCUACGCCGCGUGUGCUGCACCCAAAGUCGUACACCGGUGGAGUACUCGUCAUCGCGGCGUCCGUCUACCGCGCAGUGAACGGCUUCUCAAACGCCUUUUGGGGGUGGGGCCACGAGGACAAUGAGCUCUUCGGCCGGCUGCGGUGGUGCGGGCUGGUUCCCCGCCAAGGCAAGAACCUCGACGCGUGCAUGGUGCAUGAGCACUGCCAACAGUGCAAGCACUCGACAGCAGCGGUGCGCGUGGAGGACACGGCGGCGCUGCUGCAUGAGACGCGCAAUAUCGCACUUCUCCAGCGGCGGUUGGAUAGCCCGCAGGCCGCGAUGGCGACGGACGGCAUCCGGCAGGUGUCGUACGAGGCGGAGGGGCGGCCGCGCAGAGUCCGGUGUGGCAGUUGCCGGCUGCAAGUCAUCGACGUGCCAGCCGGUGUCAUUGACGAGGCGCGCCGCGCGCUCAGUCGGCGGGCGAGCUUUGUUCGGGUAGCGGCCGCGUCUCGCGCGCGCGUGCUGCACAACUACCGCUACGAGGUGGACAUGGAGGUGGUAAUGGGCGGUGCCGGCCGGGUGGCGCUGCAGCGCGUCGCCGUCUGCGACCAUGCAUGGCAGCGCGAAGAGAUGCGCGAGCGCUACGGCGUGCCGAGGUACACCGCGCUGUGGCGCGCGGCCGUCUCGCACAACCCGGGUAACGGGAGCAGGGACCCAGCCAACCUUAGAAAGAGUCAUCGCCCGGUGUCAGGCCGGAGGCUGGAGGCGGGGGGCAUGAGCCCGCACAUUCAGAUCGUGCGGCGCUUCCGGUACCGUGGGCCAUUUGCGUGCGACAUAGUGAGGUGA